ACCUCUUCAAGGAGAAGGCAACUCUAGAAAAGCAGCUGAAGGAGGCACAGCUCCGGUGUGUUGAUCUGGAGACGAAGAGCUACUCGUCUGGAAGUCAAGAUGUGCGAUUCUUGCACAAGCGCAUCAAGGAGCCAAGAGUCCCAGAUCGACCGCCGUGACAAGGCAAACGCGCAGUUGAAUGACGAUGUGAACAAAGCUCGCGACAAGAUCGACCGCUUGCUCCACCAGAUUGAAGAACUCCAGCAAACCGACUCCGAGAACCAGUUCCAAGUCCGCCGCGCGGAACGCGAACUCCGUGAGGAACGGGAAAAGGGCCUAAGAUUGGAGCGGGAGCUGGAUGGCUGGAAGGCCCUACGGAUUGAGCGAGGGAGCGCCGUGGGCCGUGGGCCCAUGGCGGCAUUCAGCGACGUUGGCAGCCGUCGGGGUAGCGGUGCUUAUAUGAGCUCGGAUAUUCCGCAGCGGAUGCCCAGCAACACAAAAGGAUUCUUGGCCUGAAGACAGGGUGACUACAAUGACUCUUGACGACUUGGGAUGAUGGAUGUGA